UACUUUUUCUAAGUCAUUUAUAUGGAAAGCAUUGAAGAUGAUGCUACAUAUAUCCGAUUAAUUUUUAAGGGAUUCGUUUUUAUUACAAAUAAGCGUUACGAAACAUUUCAAGACCUCGGUGCCAUUUCUCGGAAAAUGUCUAAAGUUUUAAAUACGUAUUCGAAUUUAGAGAAUACAACGGAAUCAUGCUAUAUGGACAAUGGUAUCCGUCUUGUAUGCGAACGCAGAAAAUCCUUCAACACCACCUUAGGAUGUUUUCUUCCAGCUGGUUCGAUGUACGAAAUGCCCGAAGAACGUGGCAGCGUUCUGUUUUUGGAACAUUUACUUUUUAGGAGAACGAAAACCCAUGAUCAGUUGGAAACCAUUGUACAAGAUAUUGGAGGAAAAAUUGCAGCUGUUGGAAUGAGAGACAUGUUCGUUUUUUAUGGGACUGUACAAUCAUGUAAAGUAGAUGAACUCGUUCAAUUAUUUGCGGAUGUAAUACUGAAUGGAGUUAUAUGUGCUACCGAUAUAACAGAGGAGAAAUGCGUAAUUUUAAACGAACUCGCUGAAAUGGAAGUAGACAGAGAAAAAGUCGUGAUGGAUUAUUUGCCAACUAUCGCGUAUCAAGGUACUGCUCUUGGCAAUAGCGUAUAUACUGACACUGACACAAUAAAACAGUUUUCCAUAGAAAAAUUGUCUGGCUUUCGAAGCCGAUUAUUUAAACCAUGUUACAUUACGAUGAUCAGCACUGGAUCCGUCUGCUUGAACGAAUUACGAAAGAUGGUUUGCGAACACUUUGAUUGUAAAGUUGACGAUUACAAGUCGUCGUUCGGUAUUUCCAGCAGAAUGCGAACUGGUACAGAGUCACUUGAGUAUCGGUUCUCAGCUGCUGAAUUACGACUAAGAGAUGACGAUAAUCAAUUAGCGUACGUAGCAAUAGGAGUUGAAGGACCAAGUUACAAACAGCGUAAAGAGCACGUUGCUUUCACUGUGGCUAAACAAAUCGUCGGUUCUUGGGACAUGUCAUACAGUGGAGUAAAUCAUAAUGCACCGUACAUUGCACACUUUGCUUACAAUACAGACACGUGUUUAAUGUACAAGUCUUUUUUUCAUAAUUAUGCACAGUCUACCAGUAUAUGGGGCUGUUACUUCGUUUGUGAAAGAUUGAAAAUCGAGCAAAUGGUUGCUGGACUGCGUAAAGUGUGGAUGAAAUUGUGUACAACGAUUACUGAGAAAGAAGUAUCUCGUGCCGUUAAUCAGUGCAUAGCGAUUGACUUAAUGGCAUGCAACAAUUCGACAAAUCGUUUUUUCGACAUUGUUGAAAAUGUUUUCAGAUACGGAUGUUACGAGUCAAUCGAGCAAAGAGUUACAGAGUAUGAGAAAAUAAAUGCAGAUAAAAUACGGGAAGUUUGUGGCAAAUAUGUCUAUGAUCAACAUCCAGUCGUUAUAGCUCUUGGUCGUAUUGAGAAUUUACCGGAUUAUGCAUUAAUAAGGAAUGGCCUGUAUUUGUUACGAUAUUAAAAGUAAUUUUAUAAAAUCAAAAUAACAAAAUAACGAUCAUUUAUCCCUUAUCAUUUAUAUGAAAUAGUUACAAAUCGCUUGGAAUCAUGAACGUGUUAUUAACGUUUAAUAUUAGCCGUAUCACAGCCUGAGAAAAAGAAUUUACAACAAUUACGCAUAUUUAUAGCAUUGUAUUCUUUUUUUCAUAAUAAAGGGUAUGCGUAAUUUUGCGAUUGCAUGUGCGUUCUAUAAUUAGCGCAUGAGCAUUGACAUUGCUCAAGCACAUUCCAAAAUACCGUUCCAAAAAUCAUGAAUCAAUGAUGUGUAACUCGCCGAGGAUUUUACCGAAUUCACGUCACCCAAUUUUCCGAUCGUUAACAUCGCAAACAUUCGUUCGGAACAACGAAGUCGACAAACCUGGCAAAUGAACAGCUUCGAUUUCGAAU